UCUAUGAUUAAGGUUCAAAAAUUGGCAUGAACGUGUAUAUAAGAAAUUGUGGACGUAUAUACAGUGAUUUGAAAAACAUAUUCGUAAUCAAAUAUUGAAACUGACGGUGUCGUAUACAGCUGAAUGGAGCUGCAGAUAAGGCUGAAGUGAAAGACAAGCGAUUCAAUUACUGGUAAAUAAAGUUUUGUAAAUAAUCAGUCAUCAGCAAAACGGCCAAAGUUAAUAUUCAAACAGUGAAUAAAUUUGCAUUUGUGAGUUGAGCUACCGAUCACCGUCCAAGGAUUACACAUGGACAUGCAGGUUGACUUGAACGUUUGGAUUGUUUAAACGCAAAAUCCACUUUAUGUAAAGUGCACGCCGACCAUAAGGAGUAGCAGGUAAUCUCAACAUGGCGGCGGACUUGACGAACGUGACGAGCGCGUUCAAGAACACCGGUGUUGGAACAGCUGACGUCAUCAUCAUCGUCAUUUACCUCGCGUUCUGCCUCGCUGUGGGAUUGUGGGCAACAUGGCGGACCCAGCGUUCCAGUGUGAAGGGAUACUUCCUCGCGGGAAGGGACAUGCUUUGGUUUGCAAUCGGGGCUUCUCUAUUCUCUAGUAACAUCGGAAGCGGAAGUUUUGUCGGUCUUGCCGGCACAGGAGCGGCUUCCGGUAUCGCCGUCGCCAGCUACGAACUUAAUGGCCUGUUUUGUCUGCUGCUUCUCGCAUGGCUGUUUGUGCCCGUGUACAUUGCUAGUGGGGUAUACACGCUACCAGAGUACCUAAAGAAGCGGUUUGGCGGCCAGCGUCUCCAGGUGUACAUGUCCGUACUCUCCCUCCUCAUCUACGUAUUCACGAAAAUCUCGGCGGACAUCUAUGCGGGCGGAAUCUUCAUCCAGCAGUCUGUUGGUUGGAACAUGUACGUUGGUAUUAUAGCGCUUCUCGCAAUCACCGCCAUUUACACAGUCUCAGGCGGGUUGAAGGCCGUGAUCUACACGGACACAUUGCAGACUGUCAUCAUGUGUGUCGGCGCCAUUAUCCUCAUGGCCAUCAGUUUCGCAAAGGUUGGCGGAAUGAAUCGGCUGUACAAGGAGUACCCCUUGUCUAUCCCGACCCCCCUGGUGAACGGGUCGGAUUGCGGCGUCCCAGCGGAUAAUGCGUUCCACCUGCUGCGGGACGCCUCCGCGGCCGACCUUCCCUGGCCAGGCAAUAUAUUCGGCAUAACCAUUCUCUCUACAUGGUACUUCUGCUCGGACCAGGUGUUGGUACAGCGAUCGCUGGCGGCUAAGAACAUGCACCAUGUGAAGGGCGGCUCGAUUCUGGCGGCGUACCUGAAGAUACUGCCCCUGUUCACCACCGUGUUCCCGGGCAUGAUAAGCAGAGUCCUCUUCACAGACCAGGUAGCGUGCGUGGACCCGGAUGUGUGCAACGCGGUGUGCGACAAUCCGGCCGGAUGUACCAACAUCGCCUACCCAAAACUGGUCGUGGAGCUCAUGCCUAAAGGUUUGAAGGGUCUGAUGUUGGCGGCGAUGAUGGCGGCGCUAAUGUCGUCCCUGACGUCCGUGUUCAACUCCUCAUCUACAAUCUUCACCAUGGACAUUUGGCACCGCAUUCGUCCGGGGGCCUCAGACGGGGAACUCCUGGUCGUGGGCAGGGUGUUUGUGUUGGUCCUGGUGGGUGUGAGUGUGGUGUGGAUCCCGGUGCUACAGGCGUCCCAGGGUGGCCAGCUCUUCAACUACAUCCAGUCCGUGACCGGCUACCUCGUGCCGCCCGUGCUCUCCCUCUACCUGCUCGCCAUUCUCUGGAAGCGGACCAACGAGAAGGGUGCCUUUUGGGGACUAAUGGUUGGAAUGGUAGUGGGCAUAAUUCGGAUGGGACUGGAUUUUGGAUACAGCAGUCCUGGAUGUGGGGAGAAGGACACACGGCCGGCUUUCAUCUCUCAGAUCCACUUCCUUCAUUUCACAAUCAUCCUCUUUUUCAUCAGCUUGGCCACAACGAUGAUUGUUUCACUUAUAAGUGAACCCAUCGAUGGAAAACAUUUGUUGCGGUUGACGUGGUGGACGCGGUAUAGCACAGCCGACCGAGAGCCGUUUCCGGAAGAGUUGGCGUUCUCGCAGAAGGCAGACCUGGCGCGUGCCCACCACCUCGAAGACCAGCAGCAACAUCCACAGGUGGAACUGCCUCGGUGGCGACGUAUCUUGUACGUAAUAUGUGGGUACGAGUCCCCGCACGCGCAGCAGACCGUAUCGGAGGAGGAGAAGCGCGAGCACCAGCGUCUGCUGACGUCAAUCGAGGAACACCCGACGUGGAAAUGGGUUGUCAACUCGAACGCCCUGCUCCUUAUGGUCAUUGGAAUGUUCCUUUGGGGAUUCUACUCGUAACGACUGUAUGACUUACACCUGUUAGCUGAACUGUUCUGAGAUGUGGAAUAUAUUAUAUAUCGGUAUAUGUAUAAAGAGUUUAGGGUA